AUGGCACAAGGGAUUCGACUUGAUCGAGCAAAUUUCUGUUGCUCGAUCUGUCUAGAUCUACUCAAUGAUCCGGUGACUAUUCCUUGUGGUCACAGCUACUGCAUGAGCUGCAUUAAGGACCACUUAGAAACAGAGGAUCAUAGGGGGAUCCACAGCUGCCCUCAGUGUAGGCAGACCUUCACACUGAGGCCUGUCCUGGUGAAAAACACCAUGUUAGCAGAUUUAGUGGAGGAGCUGAAGAAAACUGGACACCAAGCCGCUCCUGCUGAUCACUGCUAUGCUGGACCUGAAGAUGUGACCUGUGAUGUCUGCACUGAGAGAAAACUGAGAGCCUUCAAAUCCUGUCUGCAAUGUGUGGCUUCUUAUUGUGAGAAACACCUCCAGCCUCACUAUGAUGUAGGUCCCCUAAAGAAACACAAGCUGGUGGAAGCAUCUGCCAAGCUCCAGGAGAACAUCUGCUCUCGUCAUCAAGAGGUGAUGAAGUUGUUCUGCCGUACUGAUCAGCAGUGUAUCUGUUAUCUCUGCUCCAAGGAUGACCAUAAAGGCCAUAACAAAGUCUCAACUGCUGCAGAGAGGACUGAGAGGCAGAGAGAGCUGGAGCUGAGUCGACAACAAAUCCAGCAGAGACUCCAGGACAGAGAGAAAGAGGUGAAGGUGCUACAACAGGACGAAGAUGCUAUUAAUCACUCUACAGACAAUGCAGUGAGGACCACCGAUAAGAUCUUCACCGAACUGAUUCAUACCAUUGAAAAAAGGGUGUCUGACGUGAAGGAGCUAAUUAAAUCUCGGCAGAAGACCGAAGUUGGUCAGUACAAAAAGGUUCGGGAGAAGGUGAAGCAGGAGAUUGCUGAGCUGAAGAGGAAAGAUGCCGACCUGGAGAAGCUCUCACGCUCAGAGGAUCACACUCAUUUUCUAUUAAACUAUCCCUCAUUGUCACAUCUGGGUGAAUCUACAGACCCGCCAUGUGUCAAAGUCUGCGGUCUGCGGUACUUUGAGAAGGUUACAGUGGCUCUGUCAGAGGCCAGAGAUAAAAUACAGGAGGUUCUUGGUGAAGAAUAUGCAAAGAUUUCAGUGUCAGUAAGUGAAGUGGGUUUUUUACCAUCAAAUCCACAAGCAGAACCCAAGACCAGAAAUGACUUCUUCCAUUAUGCAUGCCAAAUCACACUGGAUCCAGACACUGCGAACAAACAUCUCUCAAUAUCUAAGGGGAACAGAAAAGCAGCAUUCAUGACAGAAGAACAGAAAUAUUCUAUUCAUCCAGAAAGGUUUGUAUAUUCCUGGCAGGUCCUGAGUAAAGAGGGUCUGACUGGACGUUGCUACUGGGAGGUGGAGAAGAGCGGGAAAGGAGUUUUCAUAGCAGUCGUAUACAAGGAUAUUAGCAGAGCUGGGGACUUUGGUGAAUGUGUCUUUGGUUACAAUGACAAGUCUUGGGCAUUGGAUUGUUACAAAAAUAGCUACGAAUUCAGGCAUAACAACGUAAAAACUUCCAUCCCAGGCACGUGGUCCUCCAGAGUAGGAGUGUACCUGGACCACAGUGCAGGUAUUCUGUCCUUCUACAGCGUCUCUGAAACCAUGACUCUCCUCCACAGAGUCCAGACCACAUUCACUCAGCCUCUCUAUGCUGGACUUUGGCUUGCAAAUGGAGCCACCGCUGAGAUUUGCAAGCUCAAAUAG